AUGGCGCCUGAAGUAAACGGACCGGUGGUCGGACCGCGAAUCGCCCCCAUCCACGAUGUUGCGUUCCCAGCUCCUUUGGUCGAGGCUUCAGGACUUCCAAAUGGAUUUCCUGCCAUGCUUGACUCGCCUUUAGCAUGGUCAGGAAGACAGUUCGAGAGCGAUUCGGACUAUGUGUUCCGCCUUGAAGAGGCACACUUGAAUGAGAUCGAUCAUGCCCUCCAGGAGUUCAAGAGGUUCGGCCUUGUCCGUGGUUUGGAUCCUCAGCGAUAUUCGGUUGAAGAUUUGACCACCGUCUAUCUGGGUAUCCAGUGCUACAUAGCAAACCUUCAAGGAAGACAAGACAAGAAGGGAAACAUGCUCGCAUCGCGCCCUGACUUGGUGCGCGUCCUUGCACGGUCUGACUGGCCAUUUGCAUUGCCACGGUUUCAAUGCCGCCCCGUCCUAUUCUACCAUGACCGUAGGAUUAUCUCCAACUUUGGUAGAGCCGCCUUGCUGGGCAGUGCAAGCCACGUUCGACCAGACCGGCUUCCCAAGCUCAACAGCAUCCAAAUCGAGGCUCUAGAUGCUAUUGAGAAAAUUGCGCGAGCGACGCAACUCGAAAUCACUACGCAGGCCGGAGACAUUCACUUUAUUAACAAUUUAGCUGUUCUUCACCGGCGCGAAGGUUUUGUCAACGGCAGCUCCACGACAGAGAAGCGCCAUCUAGUACGAAUGAGGCUUCGUGAUUCUGAGAUGGGAUGGAGUAUCCCGAACGACCUAAAGGACGAAUGGGUUGAGACCUUUGACCCAAAACUAAACCGCAUGUGGCAUCUUGAGUCGAUGCCGGACGGCUUCUUUCCCUUGCGAUCGCAAGCAAACUGA